GUCAUGCCAGCCGCUGCCUCUCAAUGUCUUCAACCCUGGCAGGUAAAGGUGUAAUUUACUGGUCAAUGGCCUGUUGAUUAUAAACCCACCGUGAUCAGAAUGAAGACUUACAUGUUUUUAUAGUUCCAGGAUCUUUCAGUUAAAGAUUUAGAGAUAAGGUGUUGUCUGUGCUCCUCCUCUGUUGUGAAAGUUUUAAGAUAAAAUGGAGUUUCAGGAGAUGACUGAAACAAAGCUGUUUAAACUGUUUUUUUUGCAUAGUAAAUAAACGACUGCCUUAAAGCCACCCCAUGGAGUUUUCUGCAGACAAACAGAGAUCAGGUUUGAGAUCUUGUUGACUCAUCAUAGUUACCCUCAGGGUGUAACUGAAGGGUGGACUGAAUUUGCACCCUGUUGUUGCACUUACUGAGCCCAUAUGUUUCUUUAUUUAGUUGUAAUUUACCACAAUAUUUGAAGCUUUUCUCCCUGGCCUUUAUUUGCAUCUUUGAUGUGCAGUUGACCUUUAGGCCCACCAUAGCUUUGAGAAGCUAUUGUGAACGAAAGCCCUUCUUCUUUCUUGCCGCUGUAAAUUAAGCACACCAAACACAUAUAAGUCCUCUUAGAUGUCCGUCAAGUCAGUGUUAAACCUUUGCUCUUGAACGACUUAAAACACAUGAUAAAUAUUUUUUAAACAGUUAAAGUGGACUUGAGGAUAGCUGUGCUUUUGCAGCCUCUCUAUAUUAAGGGUUUUUCAUUGUUGACAAGAUGGUACUCAUGUUUUAUGAGGAUUUUUGGACAUGCAGACAUGUGAUGUUGAAUCAAAGUUACUUUGAUUUUACCAUAUUUCAGUUGACUCCAGGCUUGUUUAUAGAGUCUUCCCAGUUGCAGCAGCUCCUUCUAUUCUUCAGUGUUCUUGAAAAAAGGCGUAUAAGAGCAAUCUUAGCAAGUAUUCCCCAGAGAGGAUCUUAAAACAGCAGGAAUUAGCAUCAUACCGCCAUGUUGGCUCUCUGUCUGAUUGUCUCUUUGAAUUGUUCUCUCCAUCAAGCUCGAACACAUGUCAGCUACGAGCUCAAGGAUGAUGUGGCGGUGGUACGACUCAAUGAUCCAACAGCCAAGGUGAGUGUGUGCGUGUCAGUGUGGGUGUGUGUGUUACAUGGCAAAGAGAGUGAGACACUACAUACAUGUCAUAGAUGGGGAUCAUGUUUGUGACAGUCUUGACUUACUGUCUUGGUUUCUCUGUGACAAACUUGCAUGUGACACAUAGAUAAUUUAUCAGAGUGUGUGUGAGCGAGUAUUUAUGUAUGUUACAUCUGUGUGUGUGUGUGUGUGUGUGUGUGUGUGUGUGUGUGUGUGUGUAUACAGGUGAACACACUGUCGCUGCAGAUGCAGUCUGAUCUAGCAGAGGUGAUGGGGGAGAUAUGGUCCAACGAAGCUGUGAAAAGUGCCGUUUUUAUCUCCAGUAAACCGGGCUGUUUCAUCGCCGGAGCAGAUAUCAAGUAAGCUUCAAGUCGAGCACCCUUAUUAUAGCUCCUGUGAGGAGUUCUAUAUAUACUAUUUUACAUUUAUGACUUAGACUUAAAUUCAUGAUCUCUAAAAGCAGACAAGGCCAUCAAGAGCAAGAUUGUCUACAUUAAUACAGUAGUUUUUAAUGUCUGAAAUGGGCAUGGGGGGGGGGGGGGGGGCAGGUGUCAGCAGAGCAGCUACAAUUUCCACAUAAAAUAUUCUACAUUAGUUCUACAUUUGACUAUCAAAAACUAGCAAGAUGAGACUAUCAACAAAGACAGCUUUAUCCACAGGGGGGCACCAUAAUUAACAGAGACCAAAAGUUCCCUUCAGGAGCUUUAAGUGUAAAACUUAAAUAUGUGGGCUUUUGGUAUUUGUUGUAUUUCCACCGUAGAACUAAUACAAGAAGUGAACAUAGCUUCUAAAACCUGCUAUGUUUUGAGAUGCCAGCAGAGGGUGACUCCUGCAAGGCUGUACAUAACCACGUAGAAAAAUAACUCCUCUGCCUGAUUGAUCUUUUAUCUCAUGAGCUCAUCUACCCAGCCAAUUAAUACUUGAGUCAAGAAUGUGGAUCUUUCAGGGGUGUUGAGAAGCAAAUCUGUCAGCUUUAGUUAGCUUGCAGGUUGGACAUGUCUGGGUUUUAAAAAAUCAAAAGUGAGAGUAAGUGUAUUUUCCGUCUCUCGUAGUAUGAUUCAGUCCUGUCAAAGCAGCGAGGAGGCCACCCGCCUCUCUCAGGAAGGUCAGAAGAUGAUUGACAAGAUUGAUAAGUCACCCAUCCCCAUCAUUGCUGCUAUCCAUGGCUCCUGCCUGGGCGGAGGCCUCGAGGUAAAACUCUAUCUGUGUGUGACUCACAAAGCUGCUCAUGUAAACUAAGAACUGACCAUCGAGCCUUUUUUUGUGUCUUUCCUGUAGUUUGCAAUAGCCUGCCAAUACAGAAUUGCCACGAGAAGUAAGAACACUGUCCUGGGGACACCAGAGGUCAUGCUCGGACUGCUGCCUGGAGCAGGCGGCACUCAGAGACUGCCUCAAAUGGUAAACACACACACUCACACACUCAUGGUAAUCUUGUAUUGAAUGAUCUGCUAUAUUCUUAUGCUGGUGGCUAUUCACACCAGAGCGUGUUAAGGUCAAGAGCCUCACUUUGGGGAUGUCCCAGAUCACAGUAUACGUGCUUGUUGCCUCUGUGUGUGUGUGUGUGUGUGUGUGUGUGUGUGUGUGUGUGUGUGUCUGUGCGUGUAGGUGGGCCUCCCUGAUGCAUUUGACAUGAUGCUGACAGGAAGGAGAAUCAGGGCGGAAAAAGCCAAGAAGAUGGGGCUAGUGCAGCAGCUCGUGGACCCUCUGGGUAUGUUCUUCAUGAAGCAGUUUUUUUUAUUACAAAGGGAAGCUGUUCCUGUUUCUGGGAUUUUUACGCUCUUUGUUACCUGCAGCAAGAUUGGAAGCAAAUUAAAAUGGAUGUUUGCUCACUUCAGGUCCUGGAAUGAAGCCUGCAGAGGAAAGGACGAUUGAAUACCUGGAGGAGGUUGCAGUAGGCGUGGCCAAGGGGAUUGUUGACAAGAAGGUUCCCCUCACAAAGGAAAAGAGCUUCAAGGAGAGUGAGUAGAGCCAGUAUACCACUGGUCAUCUUUACAUACAGUUAUGAGGAUCCAAUCAGUAUGUCGUAUCAAUCAAUGCUGAAGUCCAGGCUAUGUGAGCUUUAAAACAAUCCCUAAACUCCUAUCUGUACAUUAUACUGGCCUUGCAGUUGCACCAGUCAGGUGACAUCAUAAACAUCGAAGCUGCUCCACAUUUGUCAGCUGUUAUCAUGUAUCUGUGUUGGCAGAGCUGCAGGACAGAGUGAUGGGUCUGAGUCUGGUUAGGAGGAAAAUCUACAAGACUGUCAGUGAGAAGACCCAGAAACAGACCAGAGGCCUUUACCCAGCUCCGGCCAAAAUCAUCCAGGUAUGAGGCUCAUGAAGAGGACGCUUACGAAUGCAUCACCAGGCGGUGUUUCCCACUCUCAUUUCACUCUGUGUCUUCUGUUUAAUGUGCAGUCUGUCCAGGCUGGGCUCGAGAAAGGCAGAGAGGCGGGUUAUCUGGCUGAAUCUGAGGUGAGAUGUCAUGUCAUGAGGUCAUGUACUUAGCUGUAGCAAAUCCCUUUCUCUUAUUUCAUUAACACAAUCACACCAGCUGAUUUAGACCUUUGUUUUUCCAUCUUAUCCAGAACUUUGGGAAGUUGGUGAUGUCCCAAGAGUCCAAGGCCCUGAUUGGUCUUUAUCACGGCCAAUUGGCUUGUAAGAAGAACCGCUAUGGGACCCCAGAGAAGGAAGUGAAGUAAGACCUGUUGUGAGGGUUGAAUAUUUCAUUACAAUACCUCAAAAUUAUUGCAAUAUUCCCUGAACAUGCUUUACUUGUGUCAGGACGCUGGGGAUCUUGGGUGCAGGGCUGAUGGGUACUGGUAUAGCACAGGUAUCAGUUGAUAAAGGCCUGAUUACCAUCCUGAAAGACACCAGUGAGGAGAACAUCAGCAGGGGGCAGGACCAAAUCUACAGAAGGUGACAUGACAUUCCUGGAAAUUUAAAGCACGCUGGUUUCACAACAACUCAGUGGAGUGGAGUUGGCCUAUCAGGCGUGAAGAGGCUGAAUAUGAACUUUCAUAAGAAAUUUGAAGAAGCUGUUUAACUCUGGUGUUUUCUUUUCAGUCUGGACACAAAAGUGAAGAGGAAAUCUAUGACCUCCUUUCAGCGUGACAUCGUAAUGUCCAAUCUCUCGGUCCAGCUGGAUUCCACUGGCUUCCAAAAUGCUGAUAUGGUUGUAGAAGCUGUGUUUGAAGACAUAAACUUGAAACACAGAGUCCUUAAAGAAGUGGAGGAGGUGAGUUUAAUUUCACACAUAUCUGGAACUUCUUCUCAGUAUCUUUUCACUUUAUGUGCAAACUGCUGUUUAAAUCUUCUUUGCAGGUAACUCCUCCUCACUGUAUUUUUGCCACGAACACCUCCGCUCUGUCGAUCAAAGAUAUAGCUGCAGCCAGCAAACGUCCCGAGAAGGUAUCACAAAUGGGCUUUGUCUCCCAGAUACUGAGUAUAAAAAUGAAUGUUAAGCCAAAAUUUUACUCCUGUAUUUAUCCACAGGUGAUUGGCAUGCACUAUUUCUCUCCAGUGGACAAGAUGCAGUUGCUAGAAAUAGUCAUCACCGAUGAGACAUCCAAAGACACAAUAGCUGCUGCCUCCAGCGUGGGCAUCAAACAGGGCAAGACAGUCAUUGUUGUCAAGGUGAAAACUGCUUUAAGAGUUUGCCUCAUGAAACAUCUUUUGCCUGUUUGAAUUCAUUUCAAUCUAAUUUCUCUGUGUGUUUCUCUCUCAGGAUUGUCCCGGGUUUUACACAAAUCGCUGCUCUAUUCACGUUCUAGUUGAGUUGUUAAAAAUGUUGCAGGUAAGUAAGUCCUCACAUGUUUUGAGAGCCAAGUAUUGGCUGGGAUGAAAAAACCCUAAAAAUCAUAAAUGACUUAUUUUGAAGCUCCGGUGAGGAGUUUUUUUUACAGCUAUGAAAUUGAUUAAAACUUAAACCGAUUUUCAUGAUACCUACAAACAAACAAAACCAGUGUCGACAUGAUCAGUGCCUUUGAUGUUGAAGUCUUUUAGAGCCUGAAGCUGGCGCUAGGGGGUAGGUGCAUUUGAAGAUGAGAAAAGUUGGUGCCAAAAUUGAUGCCAACUGAAAGUUUCUAACAGGAGAUUCAAGGUUGGGUUUUUAAAAAAAGUUGUACUCCAUUUUGGAUGGAUUGGACAUUAAUGACUGUCACUGUUGAAUUGCUUAGUAUACUGACAGUAUCCUGACCUAAAAAACACAAGAAACUAGAGGCCAACAGCAGUUGCAGUUUAGUUUGCAGCCCCUCUUGAUAAGAUAUUUUGUAAUAUCACUGGUUACAUUUACCUCAAAUUUACCCUAAACCAACCUAAACAUGUAACUGGUUGUUGUCAUUUAGCCGAUUUUGACAAUACAAACAGCUGCUACAAGCAAUUAUAAGUUUAAAUCUGUGAUAUUCAUUGCUUGGUAAAACAUUGAAAUGCCAAUGCUAGCACAAAAAGUAGGUAUGCUAGUAUUGACAGUAGCAAGCGGUUAUAGUGUUGUUUUAUUAAAGCUCCAGCAGGGAACUUUUGAGUCUAUUUGGAUUCUGGUGCCCUCAUAGACAAAGUCGUAUCUCUUAUUGUUUUAUUGAUUUCAUGUACAUAAUAAUCUUACCCUGUGUUGUUUACAUUGGAAAUCUUUGCAGUAGGAAAUGUAAACAAAGGCUGCUUCACUUUGUUUAUUUUUUUGAAUGACAGCUGUCCCACACUCGAGGAUUCAGACGAUGAAAUUAACAACAAAGAUAUAGCCAACCCUGGUACUGCGACCUUGAUUGCUUUUAUAGGUUAUAAAGAGACAUUACAUAUUUUAGAGUCUAUUUUAUUACCAUGUAAAAACUACUCACUGGAGCUUUAAAUAUGGUGCUAACCCCCUCAGAUAGUUUCUCAACACAUUUAGGGCGUAAAACUGAGAAAACGGCCACACACUUACCUCUGUUUUGUUGUGCAGGAAGGUGUCGGACUGGACAGACUGUCCGAUUUGGGAACAAGCUUGGGUUUUCCCAUGGGCUUCCCAAUGGUGGUAGAUGAAGUGGGUCAUGAUGUUAGUCUACAUUCAUCACAGGUACAGUUGGUCUACUGCAAGCUGCAUUUAGGUUUUUUGGCUGUUUUAUUUGAAGAAAAUCAGUAUGAUGUUUUUCAUGACUUUUGAAGAGGACUGAUUUUAUUGUGUGCUCAUGUCCAGUUCAUGCUCAGUUCGUAUGGUUCUCGUUACGGGGGAGCAGACACUGAUGUUCUGGAGGUCCUUGUAGAGAGAGGCUUCAAAGGUAAAGAUGUAAUGAGGAAAAUAAGCUUCAACUUUAGCUUAACCUCAUUAAUGAAUGAGUCUGACAUGUACGUCCUGAUAUUCUUCACAGGUCGUAAAUCUGGAAAAGGCUUCUAUCUCUACGAAAAAGGAAAGAACUACAAGAAAGUGAAUCACGAAGCUGUAGACAUCCUCAAGAAAUUCCCCCUGACUGCGCCCCCUUCAGUGUAAGACCACAUCUUCCAGUUUGAUCUGCUUUUCCUUUCAUCUCUUGUGUCUUUUAUCUUAAAAAAUACUCACAUUUAAUUUAUUGUAGCUCCUCAGACUGGGACAUUCAGCACCGACUGAUGAGUCGUACUGUGAAUGAGGCACUUCUGUGUCUCCAGGAGGGAGUCCUGAGAAAUCCAGCAGAGGGAGACAUUGGAGCUGUGUUUGCACUUGGCUUUCCCCCUUGCAUUGGUGGUACGUUUUUUUUCACUGACUGACACACACACACACACACACACACACACACACACACACACACACACACACACACACACACACACACACACACACACACACACACACACACAGUCUCAGCACUGAUUUGUUUUUCUAAUAGAAGUGUCUGUGUCCAUGCAGGUCCAUUCAGAUUUGUAGACACAUUUGGUGCAGACCGCCUUGUGAGCACUAUGAGGAGAUACGAGGAGGUUUAUGGAGACCCCUUCACACCCUGCCAGCUUCUACUUGACUACGCCAAAGACCCCAGCAAGAGGUUUUACAACUGAUCUGACAGAAGGACUUAAAAAGUCAAAAGAUAUUAAAAGUCAAGGUAUCUUUGCUCCCUUUUGAUACCACGUGACCUUACUUUAGAAAAACAGGACUGCUAUUUCAACACCAAGUAACAUGAAGGCCCAAUCCCAAACCGCCCCCUACACACUUGCCCUUCACACUCCUCCUCCAUUUGCGCAUCCCCGCCAUAUUGAAGGCUGUCCCGAACCACAGAGUGCGAAGGGCGAGUGGACCAUUAGGCCCUCAAAUAGUGAGUCUGCACCAGUGCACAUUUACGGCGGGAUUUGCAAAUAUAAGUUCCGUAUGUGUCCACCUUUGUCUCACUGACAAAAAAAAAAACACAAAAGACAUGGUAUGGAAAGAUAGAACGAAACUCUGAAAUCUUACUCUGUGCUGACGUUUGAUUUGAUUGUGCAGGCACAUGUCAAAUAGUAAUGGGGUUUAAAGACAUGUGGAAUCCCUUGCAAUCAGAAAUAUAAUUUAGCUCCUGUCACUGUGAUGGUUGCUGUAUUUAUGUUUUCACUGGGACAAUGAAAAAAUGAGGCAGUCGGUAUGUCUCAGAACUGUAUAUGAUGCCCGUUCACUUUAAGAAGAAACACUGCGAUGCACAGGACGUGUCUUUAAAUUACAAAUGGCAAUGAGUCUUUCCACUUUUCGGCGGAGUGAGAAAGGCGUCUCAUACCCGCCCGUCAUGUUUAUACCCUCCCAUUUCAAUCGAGGCACACUCCACAGCUGCGAGUGUAACUUCAUUAUGAAUGACACUUGGUAGUGAAGGGUGGGUGUGGGGGUGGAUUGGGAUUGGGCCAAACAGUUCAUCAUGAAGGACUUAAUUUUUAAUUACAAGUUUUUAAUUUCAUUACUUUCUCAUGUUCAUGUCAACAUGGUUCAAAAAAUCUUACCAGUGUCUUAAUUUUGGAAUCAAAUGAAUGCAAUGAACUGUAUUUUAUGAUGUUGACUUUAUUUAAAUAAAUGCUGCACUGCCAC